ACGCGGGCUGUUACAUUCUCUCCCCCAUUUAUUAUUCCAAAAUCACUUUCGAUCUCCAGGAUAUCAGAGAUCAAGUACCGGGGAAGACAGGCUGCACUGGAUCAGUUAUGGUUGUGUUCGUUUCUGCAUAGCCAACGACGGACAAGCCACCCUCUCCACCACGUAUUCCUCCCCCGUCGACAACCACAUAUUUCAUGUCUCUGUGGUCCAAGUCAUGUUGUUAAAGAAAAUAACACGAUCCCCGUUGAAGGUGUAAUCAUCCCUGUCACCAGCCAAUCGGCAUUUGAAAGCACAUGGAGUUGAACCGAUACACAUCCUGAUGGAUCAUACAUAUACAAGAUUAUUGACGAGUUCCUUUGCUAGACGGGUUUUGAACCAGGUUUACAUCCAUUUGGCUCCUGGGUUACUGAAUCUGAACUGCACGUAUAAGCAUUAAUUCACGGAUUUUUUGUACGGACACUGCAGGUGGAGAUCAAUCUAAACUACAAUCCACUCACCCACGAUUUCUGUUGAUUUCAUUACCAAGAAAUUUGAGAAAGUCAUUUAAGAGUAUCAAUAUUGUGGACAUAACAGAUGCACAUAGCAGAUGGUUCGCAAGAAUUAGAUAUGCUAGGGACUCUGGAGAGCUUGAAGAUAUUGUUAUAAAAGUUGAGCUUGCAUGGUCAUUUUACUGAAAUCAGAUCAAGUUUAUAAGGGCAUUAGCUUUAGCAUGGGAUAAACGUCUUAGUUGACGAAAUUGGUUUAUUGCCUGAUGAUUUGCAGAAUCUAAUACAUUCACUAUCCUAUGUGUCGCUCUCCUUUCACUCCCAUUGAUGUAAAUAACAUGACUCACCUGUGCCGAAAAUCACCACCAGGCGCAUCUAAUUGCAACAUGUCAGCAAAAUCUAAUAUCACAUUCCAACUCCCUCCCACGCAAGUUCACAAAAGGAAUAACAGUCAAGCAAAUGAUCUACGUUCAGAGAUGUGCUAUAUAAUGGAAGACUUUCAUAAUGCAGAUAAUGAGUGUAAUAAUAAGACGUCCAAAAGCCAAGCACCGACUUCUUCUCUGUGUUGCAAGAACAGAAAUGUUAAGCUUCCAAAAGAACCUCAGCCACCUGAACCACUAGCGUCUUUGUUGACAGGUGGUUUUAAGUCCAAGCAUUGGGUGGUACAUCCGAUGUUAUAGAUCCUGACAUAACAAUUCAAAUUCAAAUAUGUUGUAACCACUCUCAACUGUUAUGAUCAAUGGACCAGCCACCAUCUCCACGCAGAAAUCCUUCCCGAUCGACAGAUAUGGUGCUCGACGAAAAAGACUCGGCACGUUCUACAGAAAGUGAAUUGGCAGGACGCAAGCGAGUAGUUCGGACGGGUGAUCCAUACUACGAGGCAGCCGUUAAACGUCGCAGCGGUGGAACAGCACUCGAUGAAUUCUUGCACAAGAGGAUGCUUUCAACGAUGCCUUCAAAUGUCAACACAAGGAACAAUGCUAAUACAAAUGCUGAUAAAGUUUUUACCGAAAGGCAACCUCUCCGAUCUCUUGACAUCAAUGCGCCUGCUCUGAACAUCCCUUUGUCAACUCAGCAGCACGUCCCGGGGUUCAAUCAAACGCAGCCAUGUGUCACACAAAACUCUUUAUCUGGAAGUGUCGGCCAGUAUGCUCCUGCUCAUUAUAAUCAACCAAAAGAAAAUGUUGUCAAAAGUAGUGGCCAUGAGAACACACAAUUAUAUAUUGAUGGAUGUGGUAAUUCUGAGGCUCCCAGACGUAGAGGAAGAGGUCCUGCAGUUUCAAAGUUGUAUUCGCACAUGCUUGCUGUUGAUGCUCCAGUUGUAUCAAAAAAAGACUCAGUAAAAAAGGAUGGUAUUAGCUACACUACAGCCUUUUCGCAUGGUUGGUGAUGCUUGAACUGGCAU